GCUACAGGCUGUGUCGGGUGUUGUGAAUGUGCGGUGCAGAUAGCUUUUAACUGGAGUGACGUUUACUAAUAUGUGACAAUGGCGUCUGUCAAAGUAGCAGUACGGGUUCGCCCCUUCAAUCAAAGGGAGAUUGAUAUGGACGCCAAACUCAUAAUUCAAAUGGAUGGAAAGAAAACAAGAAUUCUGAACUCUAAGAUUGUUAAUGGAAAAGACGGUGAUUUUGGACGUGAGAGGUACAAGGAUUUCACUUUUGAUUAUUCUUAUUGGUCAUUUGACUCAUCUGAUGCCCACUACGUUUCUCAGAAAAAGGUCUUCGAAGACUUGGGUACAGAUGUUAUUGAAAGUGCCUUUGAAGGCUAUAAUGCUUGUGUAUUUGCAUAUGGGCAAACAGGCAGUGGAAAAACAUUUACAAUGAUGGGAUCUCCGGAAAACCAAGGACUUAUUCCACGUAUAUGCAAGACAUUGUUUUCACGAAUUCAAGCAGGAAAGGAGCAGGGUACCAGCUAUCGGACUGAAGUUUCGUAUCUUGAGAUUUAUAAUGAACGGGUUAAAGACUUGCUAAGGAAGGAUGCUACCCAUACUCUCCGUGUUCGUGAACAUCCUAAGCUUGGACCAUACGUUCAGGACCUUUCACGACAUUUUGUGUCAGAUUAUUCAGACAUUCAGGAGCUUAUGAUGCGAGGUAACAGUCAACGCACAACAGCAUCCACAAACAUGAACGAUGUAAGCAGUCGUAGUCACGCAAUCUUCACCAUUAUGUUUGUUCAAGCAGGGUUUUCAAACAACAUGCCAAGUGAAACUGGUUCUAAAGUUCAUCUUGUUGAUUUAGCUGGCAGUGAGAGAGCUGAUACCAGCGGAGCCACUGGACAACGCCUGAAAGAAGGUGCUCACAUUAACAAAUCACUAGUGACUCUGGGCUCUGUAAUUUCAGCCUUAGCUGAACACUCAUCUAAUGAUUCAAAGUCAACUGGGAGAAGUGUAUUUAUUCCUUACCGUGACUCUGUUCUGACAUGGUUACUUAAAGAUAGUUUAGGUGGAAACUCCAAGACCAUAAUGAUAGCAGCUGUGUCCCCAGCAGACUGCAACUAUGGCGAAACUCUGAGUACAUUACGGUAUGCUAACCGUGCUAAGAAUAUCAUUAAUAAACCAACAAUCAAUGAGGAUCCUCAUGUGAAACUGAUUCGAGAAUUACGGGACGAAAUCACAAAAUUACGUGCUCUUCUUGGAAAUGAAUAUACAACUGAAUCACAACCACAGGUAUUAGCACAGCUUCACCAAAAAGAAGUACAGGAGAAGGUGCUGACAGAAGAAUGGGCGGAAAAAUGGCGUGAAACACAAAAGAUCCUUCAAGAGCAGAAAGCACUUGGUUUAAGAAAGUCUGGUCUGGGAGUUGUCCUUGAUUCUGAUAUGCCUCAUCUUGUUGGCAUUGAUGAUAAUGUUCUUAGCACAGGUGUCACAUUGUAUCACUUAAAGGAGGGUGAGACAUUAAUUGGUACGGAGGAUGCACCCACGCAGCAAGACAUUGUUCUGGAUGGAGUUGGAGUUGAAGCAGAACACUGCAGUGUUCAGCUGAAGGAUGGUGUAGCUACUCUCAUUCCAAAGCAUUCAGCGCAGUGCUGGGUCAACACAGUCCUGGUUGACAAACCAACUAGACUGUCGCAAGGUUGUAUCAUUGUUUUGGGGCGUAACAUUAUGUUCCGAUACAACGAUCCAGCAGAAGCAGCUAAGUUACGGAAGGAAGGAAGUCGUUCUCAUCUCAGCUUAUCGUGUCUGUCUUUGCUAAGCCGUUCAACUACAGAGCUUGCUUGGUCUACUGAGAAUCUCAGUGCUUCCACGGAAGAUGGAGAACGGGUUGAGGAACUUGAAAUGCAGAGAGUUACCCUUCAAAAAGAAAAAGAAGCAUUUAAGAAAGAACAGGCUGAACGUGAACAAGACUGGGAGCGUGAGCAGCGACGUAAGAGAGAGGCACUUGAGGCAGCCCAGAAGGCAUUAGAGGAGGAGCGUCAACAAAUGGAGCAGGAUUAUGAACAACAACGUCGGAAGUUGGCAGAAGAUUGGCAGCGGCUAGAACAACACCAACAGGAUGACUUAGCUGUUCUUAAGCAGAAGGAGGCAGAAUUAUGUAGGAAACGUGAAGCCCUAGAAGCAGAGAGAGCAUUUUCAAUGUCUCAGGUUGAGAGUGAAGGUAAAAUUGUGUCAGCUCUUCGGGAAGAACUAAUACGCCAACGCAGUGAACUGGAGACUGAAGUGAUACGGCUUCUCACAAACUGCUUCAAAGAUAACAAUCUAUCAAAGGAUAAGGUGUUGGCAGUUGCACAGAAGCUGUUGGACCAAUGGCCAGAUGCUGAAAGCUCAACUCCUAAUUCUUCCAGCCCUGACUCAUGGGCUAGUUUGGGGAUUGAUUCAUCUGAACCCACUCUGGAGUACGUUAGAGAUCUUGUUAACACAUACCACCAGGAAUUGGGCACUCUUGAAGCAGAACUACAGAAAAGACUGCAGGCAAUGAGUGAACACCAUUCUAGAGUUGAAUCUAUUAACAAUGAGCUUCAAGAAAUGUGCUCAAAGAUGCAGGGAGGAUCAAAAGAAUUUGAAAAAAUGAAGACAUGUUUGGCCCAAAGAACACAGGAGCAGUUACAAGAGAUAAUGCUACGGAAACAGUCAUUAUCACUGGAUCUGAAAAGGGCCACAGUAGUCUCUCCAUCUAUACCUUCUACUGAAGAGACAGUGCUACCCACAUUGUCAAGCUCAGUAGGCACUGGAGACACAUUUCACACAGCAACUUCACCAUGCUCAGAGAAGAAUGACAAUGAGUACCAGCCAGUCAGCAACAACUCCACCAGCUCUUUUGAGCAUGUGUCCCCACUAACCGAGUGUCAUGCAAGUCCAUAUCACAACAACAAGUUGAACAAAAAUGGUAUAAAUUCCGUCUCACAUGGCAUAGGGGCUGUGCAGAUGAUGCAACAGUUGUGUGAACGGAUGGGACAGCAAAAGAUGCUUAUUAUCAGAACACUGGAGGGUGAAAACUGCAGCAAGUCUGAGCUGAAUCAGCAGAUUGCAGUAUUGCAGGAACUGAAGCGGCAAUAUGUUAAACUAGAAAUGGCUCUGGAGCAUCAAACCCAGGGAGACAUCACAGUUAGCAGUGAUGAGUCUGAAGAUCUGUCAACAUCAGCUGAUGACGGGUUAUCUGAGAACUUGAGUGCGAGCUUGAGGAUAGAUACCCACAGUUAUCAGGAAGACAGUCCAAGACGCAGAGCUUCGCAGAACAUACAUAAGAGAAUUCUUCAUGGCCGACUUGGAUCGCCUGUGAGUCCAAUCCUCUAUACUUCAAAUUCUAGUCAGGGAGAUGCAGAUAGUCUUUCUGCUUACAGUCUCAGCAUCCCUUCCCCCAUAUCUGAUGGCUGUGCAAGUUGGGUGCAGAUACCAUCCUACGUUUUGCGAGGUGCUGGAUCCUUUACUCACUACGAGUAUGUGGUUCGAGUUUGUGUGGGUGAGGACAGGUGGACAAUUCUGAGACGUUACAAACGCUUCAGAGAGUUACAUCAGCGUAUGUCUGCAAAAUAUGGACCGAAGGUAGAAGCAUUGCCAUUUCCUCCACGCCGCUUCUUCUCAAAAAAAUCAGAAUCUGUGGCUCGACUGCGUCGUGUCCAAUUGGAGACAUAUCUACGGCAGCUGCUUGAAGUAUGUUCCACAAUAGAAAGUUGUCCUUUAUUCUCUUGUGUACAGAAUCCAACUCGACUUGCACUUCUCGAGUUUUCUUCUUUUUUCCGGAAAGGUGUGUUUGAAACAGGGAAGUUUGGCACAAGUUAAUGCCAUUUUGUAAUGGAGAGCAAGCUCUUUCUGGACUAAUGAAGUGUGAUACUUGUUAUUAAGUAAGCAGUGUAAUAAUUUAUUGCAAGCCAGCUACUUAUGCUGCUCUUGUGCAACUGUUAUUUUUCAGAAUUUUGUUCUGAAAGUCUUUACUGGUUUUGUUUGACGACACACUCAGCUGUUUAAUGAGAUGCAUAUCUGAAAAGAGUAUGUAAAUGAAGAAUAAUAUAUGUAAAGAAUGGUUGAGCAUGGAGCUUAGUAUUUUGAUGGCAGAUCAUAUUUCCAUGACAAAAGUGUUUUGUAAUUUUUUAACAGUGUAGUACACACAGAGAAUAGCAAUAUUUAAUUUUUGUUGAUAUUUACUUUUCUACAGUAUUUAGUGAGGUUUCUCAUUUCUUCUCUUCUUUUAAUGAUGCAGACAAGCUCAUAUUUUUAUAAAUCACAGAUGAAUAUGUAAUGGCCUGUAAGGUGCAAACUGCUUAUACCUAUUUACUUUAUUUUAUGGUUUAUCUAAAUAAAUUUUGUGUAAACAAGCUAUUCUGUAAGUGAUAUGAAAAUACUAUAAUCUGUUUAAUUUCCAAAUGUAUCUGAAUUGAAGAGUGGUAAUCAUGUGAGUCUCAAUAAUAAAAGGAGAUGUUAAAAAAAUGUAAGAAGGGAGGAAGAUAAGUGGCUACAAUAUUUUGGAUUUCAUUAUUAUUAUCCUGCAUAUAAAAUUUGUCUGAUUAUGCCAAGUUGUGAAAUAUUAUACAAGUUGAAGUAAUUGUAGAAACUGUUCAAUUUCAAGAAACUGUGCUCAAUAAUAUUUAGUGUACAAUUAUUUCUACAAUAUUUUCUUCAUGAUAUGGGAUUAAUUGGAUUAAAAUACUGCGUUAAUGAAGCUUCUAGUAAUUCUAUAAUUAUAAUGAGCAUCUUCUUUGUAUAUCUGCACACGAAUAUUUUGCCCCAGUUUCUCUAUGUAAACAUUGUAAUGGUUUUCCUCUUUUUGUCAUCACAUUAUUCAUCUUCACCCUUUCCUGUUAGUCUUACUCCUUUAUGUCUUUCAAGUAAUUUAUGUUGAGACUAAUCUGCCAAAAGCAUUAUAUAAAGAGACGUUUGAGUGAUUUAGUGUUACUCAAUUCCCUGUCUUACAACCUGUUUGGCAGUUCUGUACAUGAUACCUCAUAGAGAUAUCUUGCAAUAUGUAUCCAAAAUAACUUGUUGAUCUCUCUCGUAGAGAGAUGCAAUAGUAGUUAACACAGAUGAAAUAGGACCCCUAUUACUUUAAAGAUAUUUGUAACCUAUAACAUAGUCAUGAUAUCAAAAUGAGUAUGAAAGGUAUUCAGUACUAUUCUCAUCAUUAUUAUUUUAAUUGUAAGAUACAAACUCACUCUUUGUACAUUUGCUGAUAAACCGUGUUUCUGAAACUUUAGAAUACAACACUGACUUCAUCAUCAUCAUUAUUUCCUCCUCCUCCUCCUCCUCCUCCUCCUCCUCCUCCCCCCCUCCUGUUUUGGAGGGGUGGUGGGUUUAUGAUGUAUGGAUGUGAAAGAAUUGUUGUCAAUAACAAUUAUUCUUUGUUACUGAGACAAAUGCAUUCUUGUAGGAGUUAUUAAAAAAUGAAUGCAAACAAUCCUUGAGAACUAUAAGCUGUGUCUUCAAUUUUUUGUUUUACGUUGUUAAUGUAGGAAACAAUAAGUACUGAGUUAUUUUCACCAUUUUUUUCAUGAAAAUGAUUUGCAAAUGCAUUGAUUUUGCACUAAUAAAAAAGUAAGAAUGGAUGUAAAUUAUAUUUAAAUAGCACUUGUUUAAUGACUAUGCAUGGAUUGUGAAUUGUUGAUAUUCACCAUUCAUUAGCUUUCCAAAUCAUUUGUCAACCCUGCUGUUUGCAUUGUUCUUCAUUUUCUCUUUACAUUUUGAAGAAGCGAUCAGUAUGAAAAAAUUACAUCGAGCAUUCACAGAUUUAUGUUUCUCUUUGGGUCAAUUACGGUCCUUAAAGCAAUUUUUACUUGCAAUCUUGAUUUUUUGUCUUAUUUGGACAAUAUUGUCUUAAGUGUAGUGAAUUUGCACUGGGUUUAUUCCUAUAUGGAAGUUACCUGGUUCAAACUCUGUCUGAAUGAAGAGUGUGCCAUUUUCUUGUUAAAAUAAAAAAGUUGCACAGUAAAUGGAAAUUAGUUUGGCUGUUCCUCAUAUAAACUGAGUAGUUUGCGUAAUAUGACAGGAAGAUGCUUCUUCUUUCUUACAUAAUUUGGACCUAUGCUGUUGGUCUUACUGUGGAAAAUUCUCCCUCUGUUUAUUGUUCAUUGCAGAAAAGAUGACAAGUAAUAAACUAAAUAACAGUAGAAAUUUAUCCCAAAAAAUAUUUAAACUUAAAUGUUUUUUAAUAAGGUUCAGAAAUUAAUGGGAAAAGGAAGUGAUGAAUCAACAGAAAAUUCUCUCCAGAAAACUAUAAAGUUAUGACACAAUUGGUGGCUAGUGCUUUCCUUCAGGACAAAUGUCUGUACUGCAAAUAGACACUACUACAUACACUAUCCUAGCUUUUGGACCUAACAGUUCCUUCCUUCUGGAGCAGAGAGGGAUAGAUUGGGAAAGGUUAAAAAUGAAAUCUAUCCACCCAUCCUCCCCGAGGGAGGAACUGUUAGUUCUCAAAGUAAGGAUACUGUAUCUCUUCUGGCACUAUUGACAGUUCUUGUGAAUGUACUUACCACAAGUUCUGUCUGAAAAGAAGUGAUAUGGCAGAAAGCAUGAUGUGAGGCACAAUAAAACAUUUAGUUCCAUAGUUCUCAGUAGAGCAUAUUUAAAUAUGAUGGUGUAGAAGAGUAAUUAGUAAAUAAUGCAGAUCUUUCAGGAAGUUUCCAUCUCAGAAGGGAUGCUUAUUGAUAAAUUAUCUCCAAAUUGUGAGAAGGAAAUAAAAUUGUUACCAGGAGUAUAGAUAUAGAUAAAAAAGAAAUUACAAGAGGAAGGAAUGAAGAGGUUAUAUUCACAGGAAAUAGUGUAGAGCAUAGAGAGGAGAGGAGAAUAGAUUCACAAUGAAAGGAGGCUGAAAGAGGAUAUCAAUUAUUGUAUUUCCAAAAGUAAGCUUAAACCAAUAUGCAGUGAAUUUGGAGUAGAUGUGUGUAAAAAAAAUUAUUCUUAAUGCAGGAGAAAGUAUAGGUUUUACAUAUUGUUACACUGUAAUAGGACAUCUUUCUUCUUACAUUACAAUGCUUAAUUGAUCUAAACUAUUAUUGUUUUCCUACUCACCAUUCACUCUUAAAGACUGCCAACAUUGCAUUUCCUUUUUCUUUGCCUCAUUGCAUUCAUUAUUUAUUUAUUCUUUUUUUGUUAUGUUUCCUUUCAUGUAUCCCAGUUUUUCAUCCUCAUGUUGAUGGUAGCUUUACCAUUUCUGCUUCUUUGUUUGUAUGUGAUUGUUCUUUCUUGUGCUACUCUUGAUCUACUGUUAGUUUUUAAGUCUUUGCUGUUGUAGCACCAUCAUAAGUAAUCUCCUCCACUUCCUCCCCCCCCCCCCCCCCCCAAGCCCCCACCCGCCUCACAGGUGUUAGUAUGAAAUUAUCUAUCCUUCAAUCCUUCCUGUCUGUCAGUUUAGUGCUGUUACAUUUUUUUAUCUUGUGUAUAUCUUAAUAGAUAAGUUGUGUGUUAAAUCAUGUUUAGUCCUAAAUGUUCAUGAGUUUCAUUCCCACAGGGAUUGGUAAAAUUCGUUUUUAAAGCUAAAAGUAAAAGGCACAGAAAAUAAUUUGAAUGCAAUACACAAAAACAGUGUUCUACAUGUCAGCUUGUUUAUUUACUGAGUUUUAUAUUUACAUAACCUUAUCUCCAAAGUAUCAGCAUUACAGCUGCAUUAAAAGCCUAUUAAUAGACUUAGCAAUAUUACUUUGGAAUUCUUAGAAUUGUUUCAACAAACAUGUUUGAAAUCAACAGUAGGAUUUCACUUUUAAGGAUUUCACUUUUGACAGCAAAGUUUUAUUUUUCUGUGGCAUUGAGCUGCUUCUGAUGUGAUAAACUUUCAAUGGCUAGAGUAUCAUCUCUGUUGUUAGCUUUAGGAACAGGAGGAAGCUAAACCUCUAGUAAACCCACUAAGUGAGUUUUCAGUUUUUGUUUAUAUCUUAAUAAGUAUGUAAACUGAGUAUUCUGUGUCUUCUCUACAUUAUUUCUGUAACAAAAACCAAGAUGGUUCUCAAUUUUCCAUUUCUUGACAAUUCCAAACUUUUGUUGGGUAUUGUUAUGUCUUCCCAGUAUUCUGGGUGUUCUAGUCAGUCAUAAUGGUUGUUGCGUGUUGUACUCCACUAUCUUCCAAAUGUCAUCCAGAUUAUAAAUUAUGUAUAACAUAAAAGAAAACUGUGUUAGAAAUUUUUGUGAAUAUUUAAUGUUGUAAUUGUGUGACUGAAGCAAUCUAAGGCUUGUGUAUACUGUAUAAUGUGUUAUAAAUGUUUUUCCUGUGUGUUGUUGGAUAAAAUUUUAAUGAAUGUUAAGCCAAAAAAGUCGAACUGUGAAACAAUAUAACCAAUGUGAAACAGUUUUUCAUACAUAGUGUGAAAGAUUCCCAAAUGAUUUGAAUGACAUGUUGGUUGCAACAGCGAGCAUAUCAUUUAAGGAUGAAUGUGGAGUAUUUAGUCACUUCACUGUUUACAGAAACAGCAUUUUAAUACAAUAAAAAAUGGGGAAUGGGGCUUGCAGCUAUAUUUGACAUCUUAGUAGCUUUUAUAAUUUUCAGUUUCUUUUAAGUACAUUUGCAGUAUAGCAAAUAGACAAGGAAAGCUCUGAUCUGUAACUUUUCUAUAUAUAAAUUUGCAAAGAGUGCCUUCCUUUUUAAAGAAUAUUGCAAUAAGUAAAUUUGAAGUUCCUUUGCUCAUGCUGUAAAUAAAAAGUUUGCAGUACACAGUAUGCACACCAUUUAUUCCUUUGUUUAUUUGUAAGCAGAAUUGAAACAGAUCAGAAGUAGUACGUAGUGUUAGCCUGGUACUAAGAUUAUCACUUUGAUGAUAGCAAUGUAUUAUUUUGUAACAUUGUUUUAUAAUGUCAUGGUGCAAAGGAAGGCAUAUAAACUUUUGUGUAUACAGUGCUUUUGUAAAAGCUAAUCUUGUCUUGCUUAAGUGACUGAAGACAUAAAAAAAGACUGAUAUGAGAAAGACAUUAAUGUGAACUGUUUAUAUUCAACCAGGUGUUGUUAAAAAUUGCUUCUGUAUGUGAUACAGUUUCUCCAAAAUGUGCCUGAGUACAAAAUAUUAACAAUGAUAUUUAUCAAAAGUUCAUUUGUUUUUGAGUCUGUGUAACACACAAUGUGCUUUUAAUAGAUUUUAUUCAUUGUGGAAAGCUGAUGUAUUCAAUAAAGAAAUUUUAUUGUUAA